UUCCAGCGUCAGCCCGGGCUUCCUGCGUCUCACCCCGGGCCCCUCUCCUCCGCCAAACCCCGCGGCCCCCAUGUCCCGCACUCUCCCCGCGACGACGACACCGCUCCUCCGUCCGCCCCGGCGCCGACCAUGAAGCCCCCGCCGCCGGCACCGACCACCGCCGCUAUCACCACCACCACCACCGGGGCCCCACGUCUCCGCGCUUCCUGUGGCCGACGACAAGCUCCCGUCGGCGGGUAGCGACUCUGGCCGAGCGGCGCUGUCGUCGGAAGUCCGAGGAGAAGCGGCGUUUCGGUCGUUUUCUUUUUUUUUGUUUUUUUUGGGUUUUUUUCUUCGAGGGAAACCAGCGCAAAAACCCCGAAGAAUGUGGACGUACAGCUGCUAACACGGAAGGAUUUUGGUUUUGCAAAGGAAAAAGAGCUCCUCCCCCUUUGUCUCCGAGUCAGAGUCGUGACGAGCGCUGAGGAGUGGAGCGGCUCACGAUGGCAGUGGAAAUGUUUCGGAAAAAAGCCUCGUCUUCACUGAGAAUGAGAAGGAUCACAGAAAGCGCGAGAUGGGCGGUAGAUCGGGGCCGGAGCUUGUCUUUCCACGAGAGGAGCCAGCGCGAGGCAGAGAUGAGGGCGGCGGAAGAAGCGCAGAGCAGCAGCGCGAGCGUGGGCUCCGGGGGCAGCACCGUGCUACAGCGCCUCCUGCAGGAACAGAUGAACCGCAACUACGUCCUCCAGCAGCAGCAGCAGCAACAACAACAGCAGCAACAGCAGCAGCAGCAGCAACAAGGUGCAGGUCCGGUUGCCCCUGACGACCACUCCAUGAGCCCCCACAUCGCCCGACAGGAGCCCCAGGGACAGGAGCUGCAGGCAGACUCCGCCCUGGAGAAACUGGGCGGCACCAGGGUCACGGGGGGCGGGGGCAGCAGCGGCGGCUGCGGCAACAACCUGAGCGGCGGCGGCGGAAACCCAAACCCCGCCCUGAACCCCGAGGACCUGCCCACCUAUGAGGAGGCCAAAGUGCAGUCGCAGUACUUCCGCGGACACGGCCCCCCGCCCCCCCCGCAGCAGCAGAACCAGAACAACAACUCCCAGAAUGCUCCUCUACCCGCAUCGGUGGGCGCGGCCUUUUACGUAACCGCGGUAACGAACGCUAAAGUGCGAACCGAGGGGCGGCCGACGGUGCAGAGGGUCAGCGCCGCCGGGAAAGUCCACCAAGACGACGGGCUGAAGGACCUGAAGCAGGGCCACGUGCGGUCUCUCAGCGAGCGCCUCAUGCAGCUGUCACUGGCGACGAGCGGCGUGAAAGCGCACGCCCCCGUCACCAGCGCACCUCUGUCCCCGCAGCUGCCCCCUCCUGGCCCGGGGGAGUACUACAAGCCCCCGCACAGAGGACCGCCGCCCGAUUACCCCUUCAAAGGGAUGGGGUCGCCCAGCAAGCAGCAGGAUCCUGGGGGGCACUUCUACCCCGAGCAGAGGCCCAGGGAGCACUCCAGAGAGAUGCCCCACGUGCGGUACCAGCCCCCGCCCGAGUACGGCUCCUUCAGGUCGGUUAAAGAGGGUCACUCCCACCGCGCCGGCCUCCACCACAGCCCCACCUCCUCCGUCACCUCCAUGGGCUCGCUGUCCCGGGCCCAGGCCUCGGCCCUGUCCUCUCUGCUCAGCUCCUCUCACCCAGGCUUCCCCCCUCACCCUCUGCCCCCUCACCAGCCCCAGGACCACAGCUACCCCCCCACCCCACGCCCCGGGACCCUGCAGCCCGAACCCUACGGCCCCCUGCCCCCCCAGCAGCAGCCCCAGCAGCAGCAGAGGGGGUACCCGCACGACCCCUAUGGCUCCACACCCAGGAUGCACCACCAGGGCCCCGCUCCUCACCAGAACCAGGGACCUCCCCACGGCAUGUUCCCACAGCCCCACUCCCUGUCCGGCCUGCAGGGGGAGCCCUUCGCCAUGAUGUCCCGGGCGCAUCACAUGGUGGACGUCCUGACGGAGGAGAACCGGCAGCUCAGGCAGGAGAUGGAGGUGUGCCGCGAGAAGGUCACCAAACUGCACAAGUUGGAGACGGAGAUCCAGCUGGUGUCGGAGGCCUACGAGAACUUGGCCAAAUCUUCAUCCAAACGAGAAGCUCUGGAGAAAACCAUGAGGAACAAACUGGAGCUGGAGGUGAGACGCCUCCACGACUUCAACAGAGACUUGAGAGAGCGAAUGGAAACAGCCAAUAAGCAGCUGGCAGCCAAAGAGUGUGAAGGAUCUGAGGACAACCGCAAAACCAUCUCCCAGCUCAUCUGUCAGAAUAAAGAGACGCUGCGUGAGAAGGAGAAGCUGGAGAUGGAGCUGAACUCUCUUCGGUCUCAGACAGAAGAUCAGAGGAGACACAUCGAGAUCCGAGACCAGGCCCUGAACAACGCCCAGGCCAAAGUCGUCAAACUGGAGGAGGAGAUUGCCGCUUGUCAGGCCCUAGCAAGUGCUAAUCCAAUCACCGAACGCGCACGGGUCGAGUUCAGCCACUCUGGCGGAUUCAGCUGUGUGAUCGAGCACAGACUGAGGACCAGACUGGAGAGAGAGCUGGAGUCUCUGCGCAUGCAGCAGCGUCAGGGCGGCUCUCAGGCCAACGGCAGCGUCCCCCCGGAGUUUAACGCCACGGCGCUGAUGGAGCACCUCAGGGAGAAGGAGGAGCGGAUCCUGGCUCUGGAGGCCGACAUGACCAAGUGGGAGCAGAAGUAUCUGGAGGAGAGCGUCAUGAGGCAGUUCGCCCUGGACGCCGCGGCCUCUGUCGCCACCCGCAGAGACACGUCGGCCACAGUGAUCAGUCACUCCCCGAGCAGCAGCUACGACACGUCUGUGGAGGCUCGGAUCCAGAAGGAGGAGGAGGAGAUCCUGAUGGCCAACCGCCGCUGCCUGGACAUGGAGAGCAGAAUAAAGAACCUUCACGCUCAGAUCAUCGAGAAAGACGCCAUGAUCAAAGUCCUGCACCAGCGCUCCAGGAAGGACCCGCUGAAGUCCGACGGUCCGUCCAUGAGGCCCUCCAAGUCCCUCAUGUCCAUCUCCAACACGGGGACCACCUCCGGACUCCUGUGCCACAGCCUGGGCCUCAACAGCUCCCCCAUCACCGAGGAGAGGAGGGACAGCAGCUGGAAGGGCAGCCUGGGGGUGCUGUUGGGUCCAGAGUUCAGGCCGGACUCUCUCCGGGCCGAGUCCAUCUCCUCGUCCCCGUCCCCGGUUCUGCCCUCCACCCCCAUGACGGCCGGACACUCCAAAACCGGGAGUCGAGACAGCUGCACCCAGACGGACAAAGGCCAGGCCCAGGAUGGGAGCAAGUCCAGCACCCCGGCCCUGCUCCAGAGUCCCGGUCUCCAGAGUCCCGGUCUGCAGAGUCCGGGUCUGCAGAGUCCGGGUCUACAGAGUCCGGUCCUGCCCAGUCCCCAGACCUACCAGAACUCGGCCCUCCAGAGCAUGACCCUCCCCGCGAGACUCUCCAGCCCCAGUCCGGUCUACAUCCCCGACAGGAUCGCAGAAGUUUUCCAUAGCAGCACGUUGGAUCGUAGAAUCCCCCUUCACCCGCCCCCUCCCGUGACCACGCCCCCUCAGCCUCAAGCCCCGCCCCCUCAGCAGGAAGUGGACAGCGACAUGACGUCAUUCCCGUAUUUUACCGAAGCACUUCCGCAAGAUUUUCCACCAGAUCUUUCAAAGCCUGGAAAGUUUUUAGGUUUUAUUUACGAACGGACGACGAUAAACGAACGAUUUGCCAAAAAAAGACACAGAAGAGCGUUUUUUGUUUUGUUUUGUUUUUUUUAAAUAUAAAUAAUUUUCGUUGAAUUUCCAGGUGAAGGAUUUGUUGUGACUCGAUUGAAAUGCACUAAUUUUUAAAGCUGCACUGUGUAACUUUUCUGGUUGGGGGUUUGUUCAGUUCCAGCUCGUUUCCAUGGAGACGCCGUUGCUGUUUCUGGAAUGUUCCACAGUGCGAGUUUAAUUAAACGGGUUCAGUCCUGGUUCAGACCCGAGUUAUGUUCCAAGUUUAGUCCUGGUUUUAGACCUGGUUUCGAUCUGGUUUCGACCUGGUUUCGACCUGGUUUAGUCCUGGUUUAGUCCUGGUUUAGUCCUGGUUUAGUCCUGGUUUGAUCCUGGUUUAGUCCUGGUUCAGACCUGGUUUAGUCCUGGUUUAGUCCUGGUUUAAUCCUGGUUUAGUCCUGGUUCAGACUUGUUUUAGUCCUGGUUUAGUCCUGGUUUAAUCCUGGUUUAGUCCUGGUUCAGACUUGUUUUAGUCCUGGUUUAGUCCUAGUUUAAUCCUGGUUAGAUAUUAAAAAGGACUCACAAACACUCCACAGAUCUGACCUGUAACUCCACAGAUCUGUCCGGUUUGGUCUCCAUGCAGAUAGAAACGUUUAAAGCCACACUGCGGAACAUUCCAAACGAAGCAACAACAAAACCUCCACGGAGAAAAGCGUCCGACGAACCCUCCAGCGGAAAAGUUUCACGACACAGCUUUGACGAAGACGUUUGGACCAAGCGACGGCCGUGAAGCGUUCUGGGAUUUCGGCAAAAAUCUGGCGACGUUCGACUGUUACCACGGCAACACGACGCACACUCAACAAACACAGACAAAAAAAAAGUUCCAAAAUAUUCUGAAAACUCAAGAAAAAAAAAAAAGAAACACAAAAUGGAUCUCACUUUCUCUCUCAAAGGUUUCUCAGAGACCUUCAGCUCUCAAACUAGUUUUGGUCAGGACUGUUUUUUGUUUUUUUUAACACUAAAAGUUUAUUAUCUCACAUUUCACAUUUGGGUGUUUUUUUACGGUUUUACUUGAAGUUUUCAGUCCCUAGAACAAAUUUCCAAAUGGUUUACGGCAAAAAAGGAGUUUACAAUUUUAUUUUGAAGUUUAAAGUGCGUAUGACAGGUUUUAACGAUCCUCUUUUUUUUUUCUUUUUUUUUUAAAUUUGGUGGGAUUAUAACUUUUCACGGCAAAUUUCUCUGAUCUGGCCAAUAUUUAAAAAUUUAUGUCAGGUUAUUUGUGUUGUUUUCAGAUUUAUUUUCGAUUAAUUCUAGUCUAGAGGUCAUUUAUUUUAAGAGCACUAGUCAAGUAAAAUAAAAUUCUUGCUGCAUGGACAGAUCAUUUCACUACUUUCAAGUCAUUUUCUGAAAGAUUUAAGUUUUUAUAUCUUAAAUUUUGGCCAAAUAUAAAUUAAAGUUUUACACCAGUCAAGAAGCAGUUUGCGAAAACAAGUUGAAAACCUAAAAAAAAGUAGAAAAUUACGGGAGAGUUCGUCACAAUUUACAUGCAUUUUUUCUGACACUUUAAGAGAUGUUUGUUGUACAUAUAAAUUAAAGUUUUACACGAAUCAAGAA